GAUUAUUAUUAUUUUCCUGUGGCAAAAAACUGCGUGCGGGUUUUGGGCAGAGGGAAACAGAGUGUUUUUAUCGGGAAAUUGCAGGUGUUGCGUGAUAAAAUUGUGGUGCUGUGAGAGCCUGCAGGUGCCUGGUGUACAAUGGUGUACGAAAACUACAUAGAAGUUAAUGAAAUUCAAGAUAUACUGGGAUUUCUGAAGAGUAUUGACUGGUACGACCCGCUGUGUCUGGCCUUAAUCUCGUUUCAUAUUAUUGUCACCCUGGCCACACUCUUCACGCGCAAUCACGGCAACUUUCAGGUCCUCCUCUUUCUCCUGUUGAUCCUUUUGGUGUACUUCUCAGAAAGCAUCAAUGAAUUCGCUGCCCACAACUGGAGGACAUUCUCUCGUCAGCAGUACUUUGAUAGUAAGGGCAUGUUCAUCUCCAUUGUCUUCUCUGUGCCAAUUCUGCUCAACCUGAUGCUCAUGGUGGGAAGUUGGUUGUAUCAAUCAACGCAGCUCAUGGCAAAGUUGAAAACGGCUCAGCUUCGGGAAGAACUCCGCAAGAGCCGACAAAACAGUCGACAAUCCCUGAAAGACGACUGAAAAUCUAAAAUGGAAAUAUCCAGGAAUUUUCACCACUUUCUCAACUGAUCAGGGCGAUUUCUCUGUCAUUUUAGUCACAGAGAAAUUACUCUGAAUAAUUGUGAUUAUUUUUUGUUUUGAAAGAAAGAUACAUGUUGAUGAUUUUUUGGGUGAGUCUUUUUUUGUAAAUAUUUUGUGUAAAUUUUUUUAAAAAAGGAGCAAGUCGACCCAUGAAUAAAAAGCCAAAAAUUAAAUGGAUUUCAA